GGAGUUUCCCACGAGGUGAAACACUCUGUUUUACAAACCAGUUUUGGCGCCAAUUUCAUGAGCAACCAACAGGAUCUUUCUUCCUACUCUCAUGUUCUUCCGAUCCCAAAUUCCAUCCAUCAUACGGAAAUGAUGGAAUUGGAAUUGAAUUCAGACCCUUUAAGGGAUUGGAAAUUACAAUCGGAUUGGUACUCUCCAACUCGCCUCCAUAACAGCCCCGUCGAAUAUGAUUUUCCGGGCGAUCGUUUCAUACCCAACAGGAGUUUGAUGGAUCUUGAUCAAGCCUACACCCUGUUGACCAACAGAACCAAUUUUUCUACCAGAUGCAAUUUUAGUGCGGAAUACCGAAGAAUAAUGGAGGGGAAUCUGACGUUGGAUAGCGAAGGAAGACCCUUCAGAAUGCUUGUUUUCAGAGGAAGCCCGAAAUCAAGUAGAAAAUCAAUCCGAUACAUUGAUGAAAUCCGUCGUAGCGAUGAAGAAAAUUUCAACAAUAACACCUCAAACCAACAAAGAAAACUUCCCAAGAAAGAAUCAAGAAUACUGGAUGCACCAGAUCUAAGGGAUGAUUUCUACAUGAACAUAAUGGAUUGGGGGAAGAACAACAUUCUUGCGAUUGCAUUGGGUCGAAGAUUGUACCUCUGGAACGCUGCGAAUGAAGGGCUUCAUCAUAUAUUUAAACCUAACGCCUUGAAUGAUCAUCCGUCUAGCGUUUCAUGGUCUCAUGACGGCAAAACACUCGCCGUUGGUCAUUCAAGCUCCAAGAUUCAGCUCUGGGACGCCGAAACUUGCAAACUCAUCAGAAGACUAGAAGGUCACCACGCGAUGGUGAGAGCAACUUCAUGGAAUGGCCACAUUUUAACAUCAGGCGGCAACAAAGCUAUCUUGAACCAUGAUGCGAGGGUGAGAAACAGUUUGGUAUCAGAAGUAAAGGCGCAUAGGAGUCGAGUGUGUGGGCUGAAAUGGUCAAUGACUGGGAACUUACUGGCUAGUGGUGGUGAUGAUAACGUGGUGUACAUCUGGGAAGCAUCACGGAUGAACUCAGCCCGGUUUGUCCACCGCUUCACUAACCAUGUGGCUGCAGUCAAGGCUCUUGCUUGGUGCCCUUACAACUUUCAAGUCUUAGCCUCCGGUGGUGGCACAGACGAUGGCUGCAUUAAGUUAUGGAACACUCAACAAGGGACUUGUAUCACUAGUGUCAACACAGAAGCACAGAUUUGUGGGCUGGAAUGGAACAGACAUUAUAAGGAGAUAGUAAGUGGGCAUGGGUUCAGCACAAAUGAUGAACGUAAGAACACGCUGUCACUAUGGAGGUACCCUUCAAUGGUUAAAGCAGGGGAGUUAUCAAGCCACUCAUCGCGAGUGUUGCAGCUGGCUCAGAACCCGGAUGGACUCACAUUGGUGUCGGCUGGUGGGGAUGAGACGCUGCGGUUUUGGGAGAUUUUUGGGCCUCCUCCACCGGUUAAAGGACCAUACAGUGUCUUGUCGUCCAAGGCCUUUCCUAUAAGAUGA